UUAUUUUGAAAGGAUUAUUUGUCGCUCGGCGGCGGCUGCUUCGCGCGGCUUGAAGGACAGACUACAGACGAUUAUAAACGCUGUUCUUAUUUUCCUUCUUCGUUUACAGAGGACUCGUGCGGUUUCCCGCUCUUAUUACUGGUGUCAUCCAUCUGGUGUGUGUAGGACUUGUCAGAUUUGCUCGCCUCCUCCCGCGGUUCAGUCUGAAGACGUUCCUGCACAGAUCCUCGUCAGCGCGCACGAUGGAGAUUUGUUAUGAGCGCGCGGCCCGUAUCUCUCUCACUCGUCAUGUAGGUAUGUGAUAGCGCUCGUGGCUGUGAUGCUCGUGAGCAGCUGUCAGACCAGGUCACCUCUGCUGGACAAACCUGACCCGAGAGCUUAGAGAAGCGCCAUGCGUGGACGAGCUGGGAUUUAGGAGAUGGGUGAGUAUGAGGACAUUCUGCAUAGGCUCGAGGGGGAGGCACGUCAUUUCCCCCCUCCACCGCGACACCCAGGCGGCCGCGAGCGACUCAACAUCCAGAAGAGCAGCGUGUGCUCCAGGGCCUACUUCGUGGUGGUCAUGGCCUUCUUCCACCUCUAUAUAAUAAACAUCAUAGCUCUGCUGCUGUAUGUGCACUAUAACACGGGCUCUGGGGAGCAGGAUGUACCCCUGGAGAAGAGUGCUGGUGCCCCUCGACCCAUGCCUGCCGAGCCCCAGACCCCCUCCUCAGCGACCCUGAGCCCUGAGCUCUCCUUCCGGCUGCCGCGCCUCGAGGGCAUCCGGGUUGGACACGUGCAGAGAGUUUCUCUGGUUCCCGACCGGACACACAACAUGCGCACCCUCAGCUUGAAGCCACUGCUGUUUGAGAUCCCAGGAUUCCUGAGUGUGGAGGAGAGCAGUGUGGUGAUGCAGCUGGCUCAGCUGAAGGGCCUGACCCACAGCUCGCUCCUCACGGCCCCGGACAGCCAGGAGGAGCAGCUCACUCAAGACGAGCUCUUCAGCCUGCUCGACCUCAACCAGGACGGCCUUCUGCAGAGGGAGGAGAUUUUGAGUCUGUCUCAUUCGACUGACGGAUCUUGGCUGAGCUCAUACAAUUUACGGAAAAUCCACACCGGGUUUGAGACCAGCCCUUCUGGAGUUUUGUCUCUGCAGGAGUUUAAGCGCGUCAGUGGUGGAGUGUUGCAGUAUGGCAGCGCUGGCCAAGGCUUGGACGGACAUGCCGAGGUCAGGCAGAGGAGCACACACACCCGACUUUAUCUCGGACAGGGCACACACCACCUGCUGAAGAGCAUCAGAAACAGAGUGACCCGUUUAACGCGACUGCCGUCCUCAUUGGUCGAUCUCAGCGAGCCAAUGGAAGUCGUCCGUUAUGAGCAGGGCGGGUACAGCCACGCCCACCACGACAGCAGCCUCACCAGUCACCACAGCAGCUGCGCCCACACACACCUGGCAGCUAAUACCUCCGCCUCCACACAGGUCGCAUGCAGGUACCUGACGGUCUUGCUGCAUCUGAACUCGGCGGAUGGAGGAGGAGAGACCAGCUUCCCGGUGGCUGACAACAGGACGUACGAGGAGGAGGUCUUAGGUGAUCUCUCUCAGCAGUACUGUGAUAAAGGCAAUCUGAAGGUCAAACCUGUAGCUGGAACCGCUCUGCUGUGGUACAACCACCUCUCCGAUGGAAAUGGUUGGGUUGGAGAGCUGGAUGAAUUCUCUCUGCACGGCGACUGCUUAGUCACUCGGGGCUUCAAAUGGACAGGAAGUGUGUGGGUGAACAUCGACCCUGACCAGCAGCGGCAGGAGCGCUACCAGCGUCUGGUCUCGUGGCAUCCAGACGGGCAAAGCAAAAAGCCCGAGCAUGGAGACCUUCACCAAGACCUCUGAACCAGACGUCCUGUCACACCGUGUCUGCACUGGACGCCACAAAGAGACCAGUGCAGAUCAUUUAUACGUUCAGUACGUCAGAAAUAGAGCGAGGCAGCAGUUUACUGUCGGGGAUUUGUCGUGUCGCGUCCAGUGUAUGUCCAGCCGCUCAUGUCCGGUGUAGACACGGUGCUAGAAACUACGCUUCUGUACUGAUCUAGAGUCAGUUUCCUCUAAUGUGAAGCCUUGUUUAGGAAAGUAAAAGCCGGUGCAGUAAGAGAUCCCCACUGCUGCAAGCUUUACUUUAUGUAGCUGUCACCACCUGCUCCAGUGACAUAUGAUUUAAUAUUCAAGAGUUCAACAGGGAAAUCCCUCUUUCAAUAAUAGCUAAACAUUCACUCAUUUAUAGUUUGCUGGUGUUGCACAAGUUAUUUAAUCAUUAUUUAUUGAAAAGUUUCAUUCAGUGUGGCAUAUUUAUUGAAGAUAUUACUUAUUUGUCAUAUUGCUAUUUAUUUAUUAUUUUAUUAUUUAUUCAAAUAUAUAUAUAUAAUCAGAUGUGUUGUGUGUACAUGUAUGUAGUCAAAUAGUGUGUGUCUAUCUCAGGUUUGGUUAUGCCCAGGUAGGCUUUUUCCAUUUUAAUGCACUAUUUCAAGCAAAGAAAUUGUGAGAUAUUUAAGUUAAAUUAAGAAAUAAAUUCAUACUUAUGGAAGAGCGUA